GCGCAACCUUUACAGAGGAAGCACGCCAGUAAGUUAGGGAGGCACAAAAAGUGUCACACAUGUCCGCUAUCACCAUCGCGCUCGGCGGGGCCGUCGCGGCGUCCACCGCGGGCGCCGCGAGGUCUACCAGCGGGCGCUCUGUCGCCAAAAAGUCGGCGGUUCAGGUGUCCACGCGAAACGCGACCGUGUGCCGGGUGAUUCAGGACGUGACCAGCAGCAUGGACGUGGGCAGCAGCAUCGACACCGACGCUGAGAUGCGCCGCCGCAUGGUGCAGAUGGAUACCGCCAAGACCCUUCGCAAGACUAUCGACGCCAUGGGCGGUACCAUGAUUCAGGAUCCCGCCGCGUUUGUCUCUACCGACUUCCAGCGCGCCGUCACGACCGGCCUGUUCGCGUCGUGCGCGGCUCUGGUGGCGCGGGGUGGCGUCGGCAUCGAGAUGGCUGGCGACGGCGGCGACCCCGCGGCGUGGGCGUCCCUCGUCGGCUCCGGCCUCCUGGCGUACUGGCUCUCCGACCUGGGCACCGGCGUGUUCCACUGGUCCGUGGACAAUUACGGGAGCAAGGCGACGCCGGUGAUGGGCGGCAUCAUCGACGCCUUCCAGGGCCACCACAAGUACCCGUGGACCAUCACCAAGCGCCAGUUCGCCAACAACAUUCAUACCACCUGCCCGGCGACGAUGUGCGUCACCGUGCCCCUGCUGCUCACCCCGGGCCUCGCACCCGACACGUGCGCCUUCAUGGGCGUGUUCUGCAGCAUGAUCGUGCUGUCCCAGCAGUUCCACGCGUGGUCGCACAUGAAGAAGUCGCAGCUGCCGGAGAUUGUGGUGAAGCUGCAGGACCUGGGUGUGCUCAUCUCCCGCAAGGGCCACGGCGCGCACCACAGGCCGCCUUUCGAGGGUAACUACUGCAUCGUGUCUGGUUGGUGGAACCCCAUCCUGGACGACAACAAGUUUUUCAACAAGAUGGAGAAGGUGGUUUUUGAGGCGACGGGCGUGGCGCCGAGAUGCUGGUCAGAGACUCACGACUUUGACGUUGAGGAGGAGGCACCGGAGGGUUGGGGCAAGGAGUACAACCUGUGAUAUCCGCGCAGUCAUCAAACUUCUUUUAUUCUUUUCUUCGCGGGGCCAAGAGGCGGUCCCCUGAACCGAUGUAUAACAGAUUCAAAGUUGCGCAGCACACACUUCGUUUAGUUUGAAAUUUCAUACAACGACGUCGUUUU